AAUAACAACGUUAGCCCCAAAGUUUCAUCCAGCAUGAAUGGGUUUCUGAAAGAAGAAGAUCCGAGCGAUACAGAGAGUCUAGCAGCAAUUUGUCCUUCAGGGGAGGAGAUCAUACAUCUGGACCUGGAGAAGCUGCAGGCCGGAGGUCUGGGGUUCUCUGUGAUUGGAGGAGAGAGGGGGAUCUUUGUGAAGUCCAUCACCCCGGGAGGACUAGCAGAGACCUCCAGGGAACUGCAAGUGGGAGACCGGCUGCUGAAAGUGAAUGAGGAACUCAUGACCGGCGUGUCCCACACCAAAGCCGUCACCACCAUCCGUAAAGCUAAAGGCCCGGUGCAUCUCAUCGUGUCCAGACCGCCCGACCAGAACCCAAACACAUGGCCUAUCUGCCCAUCAACUCGGACAAGUGCAAUGGAAACACAGAUGUGAGUGAGGACAGUGGAGCAAAGACUCUGUUUCCUCUCCGUAAUGAGCUGAAACCCGGCAGCUGCCCUGUUCUACCACCAAUAGACUAUGAAGAGGAUCCACUCGGACACAAGAGAGACGCAGCAUAGCGC